UCGUUUUUUUAAUUCCGGCUGACUUGACACUGCUUAGUUCUUGUUCGGCUUUUGGUUUAACUUCAUGUGUCAAACUCCUGACCGCUGAGUCUUAAAAGAUCAUGAGACGGUUUGGUCGGCGGACAGCACGAAAAGAAGAUAUGUUCGGCUGCUUGGAGGUUAACCCGAGUUUCAGAGAAACGGCCAUCAACAUUCUUCGGUUUCUUUCCCGUUGAGGUCGAUACUAGCAGCUAACGUAGGUACGACCGAACAAGAAACAACUUCUGCCCGAGUGCAGCCGUUGCUGGGGCGGGGAGACGACGACGGAGCUCAGUGCUCAAAGAAGCGUAAAAAAAACAGCAGUUUUUUUGGUUUGACAGACUUGGUGUAGUAGAUAUAUAUAUUUCGGCAAAAUGCUUAAGCUGUGCCUACAGAGAGCUCUCCCACUGGUUGUACAGAAGUUACCGGCAGGACUGAGGCAGGCACAACCGCAGAGGCUGCCGGGGAUUGGGCGACACACACCGAGCUGCUGGAUGGGAACUCAUGGGAGAAACGAGCCGAGGGAGCCACUCAACUCCCCCACGAGAGCCAAAGACUUUAUUUACCGCCUCCAGCCGACGGAGAGGACUUGUUUACUGAAGGAGCUGCAGAGUUUCGAGUCCAUAGCCAUUGUUCAAGAGACCCUGGAGCCCUCGCCACCAACAAGAGCCCAGAUCAAAUAUGUUUUGGUCCACAACGCCAUCCCCUUUGUUGGAUUUGGGUUCCUUGAUAAUGCCAUCAUGAUCGCAGCAGGAACACAGAUUGAACUCUCUAUCGGAGUCACUCUGGGCAUCUCCACCAUGGCUGCUGCGGCGCUGGGGAACCUGGUUUCAGAUCUGGCAGGUCUCGGACUUGCAGGUUAUGUGGAAGCCCUGACGUCCAGAUUCGGGAUGAAUGGUCCAGAUCUGACACCCAAACAAGCGGACAUGUGGCAGACCAGGGUCAGCUCGCACAUGGGUAAAGCCAUCGGAGUUUCCAUCGGCUGUAUUUUGGGGAUGUUCCCGCUGUUUUUCCUGGAUGACGAUAAGGACAAAAACAAAGGCAAAGAGAAGGAGAAAGAAGCACAACUCUGCAGUGACACAGCGUCACACUCGACAUAACAAGCCACUACAGGCACGCAACACCGUCACACCUACAGACUGGAUACUGCUAACUUAAAAAAAAAAAAAAAGUAUUUACCGUUGGAUGUUUUUGUCCUCCUGCUCAGGCAGCGUUCACA